GACGUCCUGCGGGGCCCCCCAAUCGUCUCUCCCCGCUUCAUGGCCAACCUCAGCCUCGCACACGCGGAAGAGAUAAGAUAAAAGGCGCCAGUAUAAGGGAAGCUGCUUUCCCAACCCAUCGACUUUCGGAGGUUUGCAGGCGACUGAAGGAGGCGAUGAUGUAUCUCCGAGUGACAAAGGUACUGCUGGCGGGGCUGUUGUUGGCGGCGCUAGAGCCUGCCUCCUGCAAGUUCACCAGCAGGGUAAGGGUUCCUGACCCAGACAAGCCCAUGACGCGGGACUGGCCGUGCCCUUCUGCCGUCGACAUAGAUCCUUGCGUUUGCGAGUCCGACGAGUACUUCAACCUGCUCAUAGAUUGCUCAGAAGUGAUCGACGAGAUGGAACUGUUCAGAGUCUUCGAAGCUUCUUUCCCGUUCUACGACAUUAUGGAACUAACUAUCAUCCAGGACCCGUUGGAUCCUUACCACAACAUCAGGGUGCUCCAGGAGAGGGUCUUCGGCCGCAUCACCUUCGAGCGGAUUCGCAUAACGGGUACCAAGAUAGCCGAGGUGCACGAGGAGGCUUUGGUGAAGUCCCAUGACUAUUUGACUUACCUCAACCUCGCCAAUAACCAACUAAAAUCCUUCCCCUUCGAAACAUUGGUGUCCUACUCAAAGUUAGACACUCUCCUCAUCGAUAAUAAUAACUUCACAUACCUCUACAGCAUCGAAAGUGCAUCCUUGCAUACCCUUAGUGUCAGUGGCAACCACAAUCUCCUGUUCGAUUUAGAUGUCUUCACCAAAGCUCCCGCUCUGACGGCGAUAUACAUGGCUAAUAUCGACCUUGACGAGCUUCCUCCAAAUCUCUUCGAUACUCUGCAGAACAUAAAAACCAUCAGUCUUGAGGAUAAUUACUUAAAGGCCCUUCCGGAAAAUGCCUUUUUACCUGUUGGUGACACGAUUACGCAACUUAUUCUCAAUGGAAACCUAAUCAACGAUAUUUAUCAUGAUGCUAUCAAGGGUAUGUCUGGCCACGGUUUCCUCAGCAUGGUCAGAAACAAAAUGGAAUACCUGGAAUCCACUGUUUGGCUGCCCAUCUUCGAACAAGCGAUCAACGGAUCAAUCAAUUUGGCUGGCAACCCCCUCGUGUGCGGCUGCGACAUCGCCUGGCUCAUGCUGGCCGCAGACGACCGCUACCUGAGCGUGCUCACCGAGACGACCACCUGCAACGAGGGGACGGUGGUUCACUCGCUCGAUAAGCAGUACUUCGUUGAGCACUGUCCCGCGGUCCGCCAGGAGGGGCUCGAGCACAUGAAGACAUAGAGGGGUGUAUGAAUAUAUGUAUUUGCAUUACACAUAAA